CCGACACGGCGUUAAAUAGUACAUUGAACAUACAUUAAUACAUAAUUGACUGUUUAUGUCAAUAGUUACCACUUUAUCUCAAAUAGUUGUCCUCUAGUGCUGUUGUCCUCCAGCUUUACGUAACGUUCCUCGAAGGAGUUUAGCAUGUAGCAUCCUGGACGCUAUUAGCUAGCGAGCUAACUAACGGUUUAGCUAAAUUAAGGCGAAAUAUUCCGUCUUAAAACGUCUAAAAAUGACUGUCGCUUUCAUGGUAGUUGUGUAACGUUCUGCUUGUGUAGCCGAAAGAACGUUCUGCUUGUGCAGCCGAAAGAAGACUACAUUCCACGGAGACUCAGCAAAAAUACCAGGAAUUAGACGGCACCAUUAAAAUAACAAGAAUAAACAAAAAUGGCCGCCGUCGUGUUAUAAAGCAUAUCCAAUAAUACCUCAAGUUGUCUUAAGUGGAGGAAGAAGAUGCUUUCUUGUUUGGGGCUGAUGUCUGCUCCAGGAAGAGUGUCGAUGGGCGACGGCCGACGGCGGAGUCUCCGUCGCCCCCCACAUCACACCCAUCCAGCUGCAGGGGGAAGGCAAAGAGGGGCGACCCAGGCAGACUGCCGCACUCUCAGCGGCGCUUCUGACGGAGCUCAGGCCGAGCAGAGGCGUCAUGAUGUCGGCUGUGGAGACGUCGGCGUGCCGGCCUGCUGCAGCACAACUGCUCAACUGGGUCUACAUGUCCCUGCAGGACGACGCCCGGGACUCGAACCACUCGGAGCCCACUGCUGCUGACCUGACCACCAACUACCUGAACAACUUCUUGCACCUGAGGACCGAGUCCUUCAACCACAACCUGUGCAAGGUUUCCUCGCCCCACGGUUCCCUGGGCAACAUCGUGGAAGGCCUGAGCUGUCUGGCGGACCACUUCUCCAACCUCUCCCUGUCCCCCGACUCCCGCAAGCACGGCAGCAAGAGGCCUCCUCCGCCCAACUACCUGUGCCACCUUUGCUUCAACAAGGGUCACUACAUCAAAGAUUGUCCACAGGCUCGACCCAAGGGCCAGGGCCUGACGCCCUAUCAGGGCAAGAAGAGAUGUUUCGGCGAGUACAAAUGCCCGAAAUGCAAGAGAAAGUGGAUGAGCGGAAACUCUUGGGCCAACAUGGGACAAGAGUGCAUCAAGUGCCACAUCAACGUGUACCCUCACAAGCAGCGUCCUCUGGAGAAGCCGGAUGGGCUGGACGUGUCCGACCAGCGCAAGGAGCAUCCGCAGCACUUGUGUGAGAAAUGCAAAAUCCUGGGCCACUACUGCCGCCAGGACGAAUAAUAGUGUCACUCUGUGGUG